AUGGCCAGCUCGGAAAAAGACAUCGCUCCAAGUGAUGAGGAGGUGAAUGGCGAUUCUUCUUUAGAUGGUGCAGGCGCUGAACGGCGAGAAGUAAAAUGGUACCGUUCAACUUUCUACAAUGCUCUUAUCCUCGGACUAUGCAACUUCCUUGCCCCCGGCAUCUGGGGCGCCAUGAACUCACUCGGCGGAGGAGGAGAAGAGAAGCCCUACCUGGUCAACGCGGCAAACGCAUUAACCUUUGGUCUGAUGGUAGUAUCUUGUUUCCUAUCAAGUGUCGUCGUCCGUCUCAUUGGAAUCAAAUGGACAUUGAUUGUGGGCACAAUGGGAUACGCGCCGUACGCGGCCGGGCUCUACACCAACAACCGAUUUGGGGAUACAUGGCUGGUUAUAUUGGGCGCAGCGCUGUGCGGUAUAUCUGCUGGAAUCUUCUGGAUGGCUGAGGCGGCCAUCGCGCUCGCUUACCCAGAACCAUACAACCAGGGACGUUUCUUAGGAUUUUGGCUCAGUUUCCGUGUCGGAGGGCAAAUCAUGGGUGGCAUCAUCAGUCUGGGUAUCAAUGCCAAACGUGGCACAGAAGGCAGUGUAUCAUACACCGUCUAUCUCAUCUUCAUUGCGCUACAGGCUAUCGGUCCAUUUGCCGGACUACUCCUGAACAGACCAUCUAGGGUUCAGCGGAAGGAUGGGAUCCCCGUUCAGCUUCACGUCACGAAUACCCCCUGGUUUGAGAUCAAGCAGAUGUCGAAGCUUUGGAUUAGCCGGAAAUUCUUGCUCAUCAUCCCAUUCAUCUGUCAGGCGGUCUACACCGAGGCUGUGAUGUUCAGCUAUGAGGGAUUGUGGUUCACGGUGCGGGCGAGAGCGCUUGGCUCUUUUCUAUCAGGUGUAAUUGCUCUGAUCGCGGGUAACCUCCUCGGUGCAUUCCUUGACAGCAAGAGGAUUCCAUUGAAAACAAGGACUCGGUCUGCGUUUGUCUUUGUCGUCGCCUGGCAAGGGAUGUGCUGGACCUGGGCAUCGAUCGUAACGACAGAAUUCCAGAAGACAAAUCCGGUCUAUGACUGGACCGACGACGGCUUUGGAAAGGCUUUUGCCCUGUUUUUGUUCUGGGUUGCUGGUUUUCAGCUCAACUAUAUGUUCCUUUUUUUCCUCGCUGGCAAUCUGGCGGACGACCACGAAGAAGUUAUUCGGAUUGCUGGUUUGUUGCGCGGGACCGAGUCUGCCGCUCAGACUGUCAGCUAUGGUUUGAGCAGCGUCAGCAUCAUGGCUUCUGUGGGAGAUGUCUAUCUCAACUUCGGUCUGUGGGCUGUCGCCGUCCUGCCCGCAUGGCUCAUAGUCAGAGAGAUAGGGACAAUUCUAGGAGACAAAAAGUUGGAUAGAGAGACGCGCGGGUUGCGGGAGGCUUCUGACGGCGAAUAA